AUGUCUUUGAAACAGGAAAUCGAGACAUGGGUCACUGCCCUGGAGCGCUAUGAUAAUAAUGAAUUUGAUGAGGCUGUCACCGAAUUUGAAAAGAUUGGAGACACCAGCAAGAUCCUCUUCAACAUGGGUGUCAUCCACGCCACCCUCGGCGAGCACGAAAAGGCCGUCGAGUGCUAUCAGCGAGCCGUAGGUCUGGACCAGUACCUCGCAGUAGCCUACUUCCAGCAGGGAGUCUCCAACUUCCUCCUAGGAGACUUUGAAGAGGCCUUGGCCAACUUCAACGACACCCUGCUCUACCUGCGCGGAAACACAAUCAUCGACUACUCGCAGCUGGGUCUCCUCUUCAAGCUCUACUCGUGCGAGGUCCUCUUCAACCGCGGCCUGUGCUACAUGUACCUCCAGCAGAGGGAGCCCGGUAUGCAGGACUUCAUGUACGCCGUCAAGGAGAAGAUUGUUGAAGACCACAACGUCAUCGACGAGGCCAUCCGCGACGAGGCAGAGGGCUACACCGUCUUCUCUAUCCCCGUCGGUGUCGUGUACCGCCCCAACGAUGCCAAGGUCCGCAACCUCAAGACCAAGGACUACCUGGGCAAGGCCAAGCUAGUCGCCACCUCGGACCGCAGCAACGCCUUCACCGGCUUCACCGGCUCCGAGAUCAAGAAGUCCACCACAUCCCGCCAGGACGUCAAGGACGACCGUCCGGCCGACAACAUCUCGUUCGCGGCCACGAACCUGGUCCGCCCAGACCUGCGCUCCCGCCGGGAUGUGUCGGAGCCGCCGGCCGACCGCAACGUCUUCCCGCCGACACCGCCGCCCGAGGCCGAGCGCAGCAGCAGCAGCAACGCCAUGUCCCGCGGCGCUUCGGUACGCAACGGCACCAACAGCAUGCGGCCUCCGCUGGCCAAGCUCAACAUCCAGACCCAGGACGGCGGCAGCCGACGGUACGAGAAGGCCGCGUCGCCGCCCGACAACCGCACACCCCUCAGCCGCUCCGCCACGGCAACCUCAGCGCGCAGCUACUCUCGCGACCCCCUCCAGCGCCGCCCCACGCUCCGCGAAGAGGACGACCCGAUGUCGGCCGUGUCGUCGGCCGGCCCCCGCGGCAGGGGAAGCGCCUACCCCAGCGACCUGUACGACAUGUACCAGCAGCGUCCCAGACCCGGAAGCCGAAGCCAGUCCCGCGGCCCCCCUUACCAGACCUACCAGUCUCGUCGCAUGGACCCCGAGGAUCCCCCCUCAGACUACGACGACGGGUCCGUCGAUGAAGGGGAUUUUGAUAUGCUCCCCGCCCAGCGACCGGCUCGACCGGGUACGUCGACAUCCAUGCGCUCCCGCUCGCGUCGUCAACCCCCCGGCCAGAGUCAGAGCCAGGACGUGCGCAAGAUCCGCAUCAAGGCCUACGCCGCAGACGACGUGCGGUAUAUCCUCAUCGACACGGGCAUCUCGUAUCCGGACUUCCUCGACAAGGUGCGCGACAAGUUUGGCUUGGCCGGCCGCCGGUUCAAGGUCAAGAUGCGCGACGAGGAUAUGCCCGACGGCGAGAAGAUUACCAUGGGCGACCAGGAUGAUUUGGAAAUGGCCAUAAUGGCGGCACGAUCUGCCGCUAGGAGGGAUAGGCAAGAAGUUGGAAAGCUUGACAUUUGGAUCUUUGAAAUCUAG